CGCCUCUGGGCCCGCCCCCGGGCCGUGUCUAACGAGAGCCGGGAAGAGGCAUUGCUUGCUUAUGCUUUUCAUCUGGGCGCCUGGCUUGUCGCGACCCGUGAUGCCAAGGCCGCCGCGAGGAGCGAGGAAGAUCCCCCAGCUGAGCUGAGGACUCCGCUCGUUUAGCCUCCUGGGUCCGCUCCACCUGAAGAUAUGAGUGGUGGAUUGGCUCCUAGUAAGAGUACUGUGUAUGUAUCCAACUUGCCCUUUUCCCUGACAAACAAUGACUUAUAUCGGAUAUUUUCCAAGUACGGCAAAGUUGUAAAGGUUACUAUAAUGAAAGAUAAAGAUACCAGGAAGAGUAAAGGGGUUGCAUUUAUAUUGUUUUUGGAUAAAGACUCUGCACAAAACUGCACCAAGGCAAUAAACAACAAACAGUUAUUUGGUAGAGUGAUUAAAGCAAGCAUUGCUAUCGACAAUGGAAGAGCAGCCGAGUUCAUCCGAAGGCGGAAUUACUUUGAUAAAUCUAAGUGUUAUGAAUGUGGGGAAAGUGGACACUUGAGUUAUGCCUGUCCUAAAAAUAUGCUUGGAGAACGUGAACCUCCAAAGAAGAAAGAAAAAAAGAAAAAAAAGAAAAUUCCUGAGCCAGAAGUAGAAAUUGAGGGGAUACAAGAAAGUGAAGAUGAAGGGGAAGAUCCUGCUCUCGACAGCCUCAGUCAGGCCAUAGCAUUCCAGCAAGCCAAAAUUGAAGAAGAACAAAAAAAGUGGAAACCCAGUUCAGGUGGUCCCUCAACAUCAGAUGAUUCAAGACGCCCCAGGAUAAAGAAAAGCACAUAUUUCAGUGAUGAAGAAGAACUUAGUGAUUAAGAUUAUUUUUAUUAUGUAAAUAUUAAAAUUUAAAAAAAUGUGUAAGUACAAA